AUGGAACAACUGAACCAUCUCCCUCCUACAAGAAGACUCGUCACAGGUCACGAUCGAGACGGAAAGGCUAUUUUCGAGUUCGAUGAUUUACUCACGCCCGUCAAUCCCACUCCAAAAAGCGCGAGGUCCGAUCCCUCCACACCUCAACCAGUUGGCGCCACACUGAUUCAUCGUACUCGAGAAUAUCCGGUCAAAAUCCAAGGCGGAAGAGAAGAGCUCACUGUGGACAAUAUACGUCGAGGCCAGGGCGAGAAGGGAAUCGUCUGCCAGAUUGUGGAUGUUCCUCCCACUCCAGAUGGCACAAAACCAUACUUGCACCGCAACGAGAGUCUCGACUACGGUGUGGUGCUGAAGGGACCACUACAGUUACUCUUGGACGAUGGAGCUGUCGAGACUCUGAGAGAGGGAGACGUGUAUAUUCAAAAAGGAACAUUCCAUGCUUGGCUGAAUAACUCCAAUGACUAUUGCCGCUUUCUGACUGUUGUCAUCCCAUCUCAGAAGGUCAAAGUGGAAGCGACAGGAGAGCUUCUGGAAGUCACGAAAAUACCAGGAUUGAGUGACUGA